GGGACCAGGACGAUCAGGUUUAAGAGUGGCGACACCCGUUUCUCCAGCGCGGGCAGAAGGAAGGGUGUCUUUCAGACUUGGUUUCUGUUCAUACUGACAAUGGUGAAGAUCUUCGUUGGGAACCUGCCGGCACAGGCGCAAACUGAUGAGCUCCAGGCACUAUUCUCUCAAUAUGGAACAGUCACAGAAUGUGCUAUCAUCAAAAACUUUGCCUUCGUCCAUAUGGAUGAUCGCAAGAGUGCUACGAAGGCUAUUCGGAACCUUCAUUUGUACAAGCUGCAUGGCACACCCAUUAAUGUUGAGGCGAGUCGAGGCAAGAACCAGGGCCCGGUCAAGCUGCAUGUGGCCAAUGUAGAGAAGGGUGCAGAGGAAGAGCUCAGGGCCUUGUUUGAAGAAUAUGGUACAGUGACUGAGUGUGCCAUAAUAAAAAACUUUGCAUUUAUACACAUGAGUAACUCAGAUGAGGCCAUGGACGCAAUAAAGGGCUUGGACAACUCUGACUUCCAAGGCAAAAGGAUUCACGUUCAAAUCUCAAAGAGCCGACCACGAGGAGAGGAUGACGGUUAUGGCCCCCCAGAAAGUGGAGGCUAUUGGCCACCCCGUUUCCCUGGCGAGAGGCCUGAGCCAGGUCCUCCUGGAUAUCCUAGAGGCCGCUUUGGUCACCCUCCUGGGUCCCAUGGUUACCCCCCUGCCCCUCCUCCACCACCACCACCCCCUCCACCUAGGCGCCCCCCCUAUCCGGAACGUGGCUAUCCUUCAUACGAUCGCGAACGUGAUGGUAACGGGGUGGUGGAUUAUUAUGAGAAAUAUCGUGCUCGCCCUUACGGCAUUCCCUCCUAUGAGGAUCGCCGGAUGGGCUCUGUUCCCCCACCUCCCCCACCCCCUUCAUCUGGCAUCAUGAGAGAGCGCCUGGCCGCUUCUAGUCUUGACCCUUAUGAGCGUCGUCCUCUCCCUCCCCCACCGUCUUCAUAUUAUGCCCGAGAUCGUAGUCCCAUCACAAGGGCUCCACCAGCCCCUGCAGCACCCACAGGAAAUGGCUAUUCAUAUGAGCGCUCCCGUCUCUCCCCUCUUUCCAUGUCCCGGACCCCAAUGUACAACGCGGCUCGUUCCAGGGACCCCUACUCUGACAGGGUGCCUCCACCGCCACCUGCACGCUUUUCAUACUAAAGUGAAUGUCUGCACUUGUGUACCCAAGGUGUAAAUUAUUCGACAAGAUCGUCGUUGUCGUCUCCAGGUGCACACGACGCGAUACACCCCUCGUCUGACGGAACGCGUUUCGUUUGCCUGCGCCUCACAUAUUGGAAGAGUUCUAUUGCGGACUUCACGCUUUAAACUUAAACGCUUUUACUCGACUCAAUUUCGUCCUCUUGCUUAAACUGUAACCUUUUGCCUAAUCUCUGUUCUGCUUGUUUUUACUAUGUCGACUUCAUCAGGUGAUUGAACAUAAAGCAGACAGGCUAAAAGUUUUAGAUUCUGUUAAAACUAUUACUAUAUAGUUGUUACUGGUUCCCAGUGUGGCGGUUCUGCUGUCAGCAUUCAGAACUUAUGUACGUUGUGUGGUAUUUCUGUAAAAUCAAAACAUUUUGUUUAAUUUGAAGCUUAUCUUUUGUAACUUAGUUGAGAUCUGUCAUAACUUUCAAGACAUGUUCUUUUGAACAAGUGCCACAUCUGUCUUAGUAGACUUAAUGGGUACACACGUGCGCCUUGCGAUUAAAAUAUUCAGAGCAGCAAUAAAAGCGGCAAAUGGUAUGAGUUGAGGUUUUUCUUUUAGAUUGAAAUUCAGUUACAGAGAUUGGCAAUUCUUUAAAUACAAUGUUUUCUUUUUUGUUUUUAAUAAAAAGUCUGACACAUGCGUC